AUGGAGGAAUUAGGAAUCAUCCCACAGGAAGAAUUACCACAUAAACAGAUUGAAAAGUUGGCUACAAAGUCUGUCAAUGGAUCUGCCAACAUAAGCUCAAGCAACAACGUCAAUAGUGAUAUUUACCUCACGUUAAAGAAAUUGGAAAAAGACUUAGAGCUAAUUUUACUUCAAGAGGAUUACAUCAAAGAUGAACAAAGAUAUUUAAAGAGAGAACUGGUGAGAGCACAGGAAGAGGUGAAGAAAAUUCAGUCUGUUCCGUUGGUUAUUGGACAAUUUCUCGAACCAAUUGAUCAAACUACCGGUAUUGUUUCUUCAACGACAGGCUCCAACUACGUUGUCAGGAUUUUGUCCACUCUAGAUAGAGAGUUGCUUAAACCAAACGCAUCAGUCGCAUUGCAUCGCCAUUCAAAUGCUCUUGUUGAUAUUCUCCCUCCUGAAGCUGAUUCUUCAAUCUCCAUUGUUGGAGAAAACGAAAAACCAGAUGUCACAUACAAUGACGUUGGUGGUUUAGACAUGCAAAAGCAGGAAAUAAGAGAGGCAGUUGAAUUGCCCUUGGUUCAAGCUGAUCUAUAUAAGCAAAUUGGUAUUGAUCCACCAAGAGGUGUUUUACUUUAUGGUCCUCCCGGUACAGGUAAAACUAUGUUGGUCAAAGCAGUGGCAAACAGCUCUUCGGCAUCAUUUAUCAGAAUGAAUGGUUCUGAGUUUGUUCAAAAGUAUCUUGGUGAAGGUCCAAGGAUGGUAAGGGAUGUUUUCAGACUAGCACGUGAAAAUGCACCGUCGAUUGUUUUCAUUGACGAAGUUGAUUCGAUUGCCACUAAAAGAUUCGACGCACAAACUGGUGCUGAUAGGGAGGUUCAAAGAAUCUUAAUUGAGUUGUUGACACAAAUGGACGGAUUCGAUCAAGAGACUAACGUGAAGGUUAUUAUGGCAACUAAUAGAGCAGACACAUUGGAUCCAGCACUUUUGAGACCCGGUAGAUUAGAUCGUAAAAUUGAGUUCCCGAACUUAAAAGACAGGAGAGAAAGACGGAUGAUUUUUAGUACUAUUGCAUCAAAAAUGUCGCUUGCACCUGAAGCCGAUUUAGAUUCUUUGAUCAUGAGAAACGAUCCUUUGAGUGGUGCAAUCAUUGCAGCCAUCAUGCAAGAUGCAGGUUUACGUGCAGUUAGAAAAAACAGAUAUAUGAUUAUACAGAGUGACUUGGAAGAAGCAUAUAGUGCCCAGGUUAAGACUGGAAGUGAAGUGGAUAAAUUUGAUUUCUAUAAAUAG